ACGGGGGCAGCCGAGAAGACAGACUCUCUGGUGAAACGGACUAGAGCAACUUCAUAUCUAGGACCUGGCUUACCACAGCCCCCUUUUCAAAAGUUUUUAAAAAUGAUCUUUCCAGUCAAUGCAAAACGAUACACCUCACAUUCUGCCAACAAAUGGAACAGAAAAAUCCCUGAAUUUAAGUGAGAAAGAAGGAAGCACAAAGGGCAGGAAAAAGAGGUAAAGUUGAGAAAGGGAACGUAAGUAAUGGGAAGCCAGACUUAAGAAGGGACAAGAGGAAAAAGCUGCGAAGCCAGCAGAGCCAUGUGGGUGACAACAGAGACAAACUAUCCUUUAUUGAGAUCAUUCGGCCAGACUCUGUACUUAACUAUAUAUGCACUGACCCAUUUAAUCCUCCACCACCCCAACAUAAAAACUUAUCACCUCCAUUUUACGGAUGACGAAACUGAAGCUGGGAAGCUGACACUUGCUCCAGCAAACGGGUAGGAAGGGGAAGUACAGUGACCUGACCAGAGGUCUGAUCCCGGGGUCACCCCAUUCUUUAACCCUCACUGCCCAUUCCGCCUCCGAGGCCACAGUCCCUAUUAACCGGGAGGUAUUCGCUUAUGCAUUUAACCAACACUUACUGAACUCCUAGUGAGUGCCCAAGCCAGCUGCUUGGCGCUGGUAGGCGAAUGUAAGGGUUCCUGCUGAGGGUCGGGGGACAGAACACAACGAAACGUCAGUCGCCAGGCUCAGCAGCCUGGAGCCCGCCGCGAGAGGGAUGUAGGGUGGGGCCGGAGGGGAGGAGCAAGGGGAGCUGGGGCGCCGCGGCGGCCCCGGGCGGUAUGUGAACGCUGCGACGCCCGGUGCCCCGCUCGGACGCGGGCUGUGACAGACGCGCCGCGUGCGGUGGCUGCCAGUGGGACGGCGACGCGGCUGUGGAGACUCCGACGGGCUGAGACAGGGAAGGGCGGCUCUGCCAGGAGCACGAAAGGCGCGGGGCCAGAGUCGGGGACAUCGGAGACACCAGGGGCCCGCCAGCGCGCUCCCGGACUCACCUCCCGCGGCAGCCCCUCAGGACUCGUCAGCCCCGCCAGCCCGGAGGAGGCGGGAUGGACUCCGGGCCGCGGGGGCUGCCGGGAGCCUUGUUGCCUGGGCAACGGGUUGGGCCUCAGCGAGCAGCAGCGACUCCGCGGAGAGCUAGAGCGGCGGAGCCACAAGUGUCGGCGGACCCGUGGAGCGGAAGUGACGCCACUUCCUCAGUCUGAGGGCGGGGCUUCGGAUCUCCGCGUUGAGGUCUACCUGUGGACCGCAUGGAAGAGAAGACUCUUGGAAUUACAACACCCAGAAAACCUGUCUUAUCCGUCAGUGCAAGAAAAAUUAAAGACAAUGCAGCCGAUUGGCAUAACUUAAUCCUGAAAUGGGAAAGCCUCAGUGAUGCCGGCUUUACCACCGCAAGCAACAUUGCCAACCUGAAAGUCAGCUUGUUGAGUAAAGAGAAGGUUGAAUUAGAGAGUAGCAGCCCAGGUUCCAGUGAAAAGGAAGAGAAGACGAAUCUGGAAUACCAUAAGGAACUUGAAGUACUGUGUGAGGAACUGCAGGCCACCUUGGAUGGCUUGACUAAGAUACAAAUGAAAAUGGAAAAGCUGUCUUCAACCACCAAGGGGAUUUGUGAACUAGAAAAUUAUCAUUACAGGGAAGAAAGGGACCGGCCCCCUCUGUUUCACACAUGGCCCACAGCCUUCUUUUAUGAGGUCUCCCACCGGCUCUCCAAUGCAUACAAGAAGGAGCUCCUCCUGAAGCACACCAUUGGUGCAGAGCUGGCCCACACUGCUGACCGCAACCUCAGCCUGACCUACCUGUCUAUGUGGCUGCACCAGCCGUACAUAGAGAGCAACAGCAAGCUGCAGCUGGAGAGCAUGCUGCUGGAAACAGGACACCGGGCCCUGUGACUCCCCGGCCACCCUGCCUGUGAUCAGGGUCCCAGGACCAGCCACUAGGACCUCUCCACACACAAGCACUUGUGCAGCUGUCCUCUCCUCUGCCUUGUCCCAGGUUAUCAGUGAGCACCGAGUGAGAUAAAUGAGAAGAAUGGCAGAGGGGUCUCAUUUGUAACCUGAGUGUACUUUACAUAUUACACCUGUGCAGACAA